AUGGCCGAGUCGCGCGAGUCGCAGCAUUCGCUGCUUUCGGAGGACUCGCUGGACAAUCCACCGCAGCGGUCCUGGGGUCCGCUCGGUCGCUUAUCCUUCGAGCAGGACUAUGUUUACCAUGCGCACGAGCGCCGGUCCGAGGAUGUGGUCCACGAUGUCGGAUUGGGUAUUUCCAAUCAUUCCGGUGAUACUAUACCUCAUUAUGGGCGCGCUUCAAUGGAUAGUACAGCGACGACCACGCCUCGCUCUAUUCCUAAGGCUCCGCUGUCUCCCCAUUCUCCCACGAGAUGCCCUAACCGCACGACGGUGCUACAGAAACGGCUUUCGUGGAUCCCAUUGACGAUCUUUGUGCUGGCUCUGUAUGCUACUAUCUUUUCAGGAAUUUACCUCGCUAUUGCACUUCGAAAGCCUCGAUGGAAUGGUAUUUCCAGUGACGGCCCCAUGGUGCCGUCUACGGCUAAUUUGUUGAGCGCGUUCUUUGCAAAGACAAUUGAGUUGGCCUAUGUCACGGUUUGUGUGGCGUUUUUGGGACAGGUGCUUAGCCGGCGGGCUUUGAUGACCGAUUCUCGAGGAAUUAGUAUCUCUGAUAUGAAUAUGAGGGCAUGGAUCAUGCAACCAGGCUCAAUGAUUGUUCAUUGGGAGACGCUGCGGUAUUCUGCGCUUACUUUCCUCGGUGCUAUUGCGCUUGUCGCAACAUUUGUGGCGAUGCUAUACACUACCGCCGCGCAAGCGUUAGUCGCACCCAAACUCUCUUUCGGUCCCGUCGAACCAAAGGUCCUUCAAGGCAAAGUAUCCGCCAGCUUUGGUAACCCGAAUUACCUCGGCUCCAAUUGUGAAACUCCAGUCACAAAUGCAAUGGACCCAGACAACCGCAAUACAUGUCUCCAAAUUAAACAUGUCGGCCAAGCCUAUCACAACUACCAACAAUGGAUAACAAAAUGGAGCUCCCUAGUUGCGAACAACAGCGCAACCUCAACAAACCUCCACAACCGUCCACAUCCUACUGGCUCCCUCUGGGACAAUACAACAGUAACAGGCAGCUGGAUCCAAAUCCAAAACAUAACAAUCCUCUCCAAGAAACACAAAAGAAUGGUCAACAACAUAACAAUGGCAAUGCCCCACGGCGGCAUCACAGCAGCAGCAAUGAACCCCCAAAACAAAAUAAAACAACCCCAAUCAGCCUCAGCAUCCGGCGAAGGAAGAUACACCCUAGACGCCUCCGUCCCAUCCCCAGCAAUAAACGUCCUCUGCACAGGAAUGACCGAAAAAGAACUCGAACCCCUCGUCUACGCCUCCUGGCCCGGCGGCGACAAAUUCAACCCAACAUCCUGGAGCGUCUCACCUCCAGACGACAUCCCCCGCUACCCAUCCUGGCUCAACAGAACAGUCGUCGACACGCUCUUCGAAUUCGGCCCGGAAUACGGCCAACGCCCACCAAUCUUCGGCAAAUACCCUAAACCCUUCAACACAAUCCUCAACACGACAGGUCUCUGGCCCGCAAAUUCCAUCUACCUCCUCGGUGCAUCACCACCGAACACGACAAACCCGCCGUACGUGCUAUGCGCCCUCCGCGCUAAACAAACAGGCGUCUGUUCGACGCGGUAUAACGCGGCAUCCAGCGGGGCAUUCCUCAGCUCGAUAUGCGAGCAAGGCAAUAAUAAAUUGCAAUAUGACCGCCGACAUGCAAGCCGCGGGUUCAAAGAGGGUGUCUGGGAAGCCGAUUAUAAAAAUGUUGUGUCUGAGUGGGCGAAGGCGUUGAGUCUCGGUGCGGGUGUUUCCGAUGGCGAGGCUAGUAAUGCCCGACUGCUUAUGCAGAUGAUGCCAAAGUACGAUGCUGAGGAAGACAGCUUCUCGCUUGAUCCGCGUAUGCCUUCUAUCGGGGAGGGGUUGGCUGUUAUGGCUGGGAGUACGUUGAUUCUCAGUUCGCAGGAUGCGCCGUUUGUACAGGGGUGGAAUUAUAGUCGUGAUAAUGGGAAUGUGUUGGAUGAGGGUGUUUAUCAGUUUUUUGAUGGGGAGGUUCAGGCUGUUGGGUAUGCUUCUGGCUGGACGGAGCGGUGGCAGGGUGUUUUCUAUGUUAUUUUGGUGUUUGCGUUUUUGACGAGUGCUGUUUGUUUGGGGUUUGUGAUAUUUGAGGCCCGGGGGCGGCAGAUUACUGAUUUUACGGAGCCGCAGAAUCUGUUUGCUUUGGCUGUUAAUAGUCCGCAGACGGAGCAGUUGAAGGGUGCCUGUGGGUGUGGCCCAUGGGGGAAGCAGCUUAAGGAGAGGUGGUUUAUUGGGAUGGAGGAGGAGGAUGAGCAUUAUUAUAUUCGGAGUAAGAUGGAGGGGAAUACGCCGUAUCUUGGCGCUGAGGAGAGGCUUGAACAGAUGGAGGUUGAGGAUGGGGGCAAGGUGUUGAGUCCUGCUGUGGAUGAGUUCCGGAGGGUGUCGAAGAGAAAUUCGUUUUUGGCGAGGUUUUAUUGA